AUGAAGAACAACUGCACGAGAGACUUUAAGGUGGUCUUAAACAUCUCUAAGAAUGAGGUGGAGGAGGGUGAGAGUGUCAACAUGAGCUGCUGCCACCACCUCCCCAAGGAGCACAUCCUCAGCUACACUUGGAUGAUGAACAAAACCCCUGUGCACACAGGGAACACAAGCUUCUUCUUCAUUGAGAAGACCGUCUCUGACCACAAAGGCCUGUACACCUGUGCUGUCCACAGCCUCUGCGGCAAUUACACCUCUGGUCCACAGAGUGUCACUAUCAGCAGUAAGAAAAGCCACGCUCCCUCUUUGUACCACCAGAGCUACACAGUAUUAUGUUCAAAGGAGCACAAUGCAACCUUCCUGCUGCAAGACAACAGAAUCAUCAUCCUGGUGAUCUGUGGCUGCUCAGCUUUGGCCUUGGUCAUCAUCAUGGGGUUGUCCAUGAAGAUCAAGAUGCACAGGGACAAAGUUAAGAACAAGCAGAGGGCUGAUCUGAGACAGCAGGCAAUGCGAAGAGCUCAGAAUUUGCAAAACGGGGGCCUUCCACCAACCCCAACAAAAGCUCCAUAG